UCGAUUAGCCUGCAUUAAGACGAUUCUGUGCUUUUUAGACCUAGCGUGCUUCUGGAUUUAAUCAUUCUUGUGAAAUAAUUUCAACAGAACUGCUUUUCACUGGCAUGGAAUCCUCGCAGAGUCCCUUUCAGGGACAAACGUCGCUCUUCCAGGUCUACCUUCGUUUGCGCCCACCGAUCGGUCAGAAUGCUGACUUACAGAAUCAAAAAUCCGACUACUUAAUAGUUGAACCACCAGAGGAAGCCGGUAGCAGCGAUGACACUGACGGAGCAAGAUUAUGGUCAAAAUAUAUUACGGUCCAGCCCCCGAAUGAUUCGAGAAAACGGGCCGUUGAGAAGUUCGCAUUUACGAAAGUCUUUGAGGAGCGAGCGUCUCAAUUGGAAGUAUUUGAGGAGACUGGAAUGGUUCCAUUAAUAAAAGGAGUUUUAGUCGAAGGUCGAGACGGGCUAGUUGCGACGCUGGGAGUCACUGGGAGCGGGAAGUCCCAUACGAUUCUCGGUUCGAAGUCGCAGCGUGGAAUAACCCAAAUGUCUCUCGAUGUCCUUUUUAAGUCCCUUGCUCCCGCCAUCCAGAGCUCGGAUAAUGCGAUGCUCAUGCAGUCCUUAGCAGCUUCAGAUCCUUCCGAAGCCCAACUUUAUUCCGCAAGAUCGUUUAUUGAGAGUGUUUAUGGAGAUCCAUGUGCGGAUCGCGGACGCGGAUCCAGAGCCCAAACGCCCAAUGUUUCAUCCAGAGCUCAGACGCCAUUGGAAACCCCGGUUACAGCAACGUUCCCUCGCCGUCAUAUGGCUCCUAGACCCAGCGCGUUCCCGCAGACUCCUGAUGUCAGUGACUUUGUACUAUCUAUACCCGAACACGAUGAAUAUGCCGUAUUGGUGUCGAUGUAUGAAGUAUAUAACGACCGAAUUUUCGACUUACUUUCUCCAAGUAACGGAUCCUCCAACCGCUCAGCGAACAACAACCAAAAGGAUAGCCGUCGCCCGCUAAUGUUCAAACCAACCGAAGGUUCAAUGGACAGAAAAGUUGUUGCCGGUCUACGAAAGGUCGUCUGUAGCACUUGCGAAGAAGCACUGACAGUUUUAGAGACCGGGUUAACUGAGCGAAAAGUCACCGGGACUGGAAGUAACAGUGUUAGUUCGAGAAGUCACGGCUUCUUUUGCGUUGAAGUCAAGAAGAAGAUCCGAGAUCAAAGGUUGGGAUAUGAAUCAUGGGUUGGGAAUACGCUGACCAUUGUUGAUCUUGCUGGCUCUGAGCGCGCUAGGAAUGCGAAGACCGCCGGUGCGACUCUUGCAGAAGGUGGUAAAAUUAACGAAAGUUUGAUGUAUCUCGGCCAGUGCUUGCAGAUGCAGACGAACUUGCAGUCUGGUAGCAAGGCACUUGUUCCUUUCAGACAGUGCAAACUUACAGAGUUGCUAUUCUCGAAUUCCUUCCCUUCUUCAAGUCAAACCGCACAUUCAUCUCACCGGAUUCCUCAGAAGGCCAACAUGAUAGUCACAGCAGACCCACUAGGCGAUUUCAAUGCGACUUCACAGAUCCUACGCUACUCUGCUCUGGCUAGGGAGGUUACCGUCCCCAGAAUCCCGUCGGUUUCGAGCACGAUUCUAGCUAUUCCAGCCAAGCCUCCUCAUAGUGGGAAAUCAGCGUUCCUAUCAGCUUCAGCGGAGGAAUUGGAGCGUGCUGCCUUGGAAAUUGCCAAAUUGACAGAUGACUACGAAGCUCUAGAAAUGAGAUUGGCCGAAGAAGAGAUGGCUCGGGAAGAAGCUGAGAUCAGAUGGAAGGCAGCAGAAGAGAAAUGCUUACUUCUUGAUCAAGAAAUUAGAGAGGAAUGUUUUGCGGAGAUGGAAGAGCGCAUUGAGGACGAAAGAAGGAGAUGGCAGCAAGCUUGGGAUGAGCAGACGCGUCGUCAUGAAAGCCAUCUCGAUAGAAAGCUGGAUCUUCUUUCAAGGGGUGUGGAAAUCCACGAAGACCCUGAACCCUCGACUGAAGAGCGUGUUGACGAGCUCGAACGGGAAAAUGAUAUGCUCCGAACUCGAAUUGCUGCAUUAGAGCGCGAAUUACUCAACCGUUCGCCCACCAAGAAAAACACCACUACGUCAAAGAAGAAUACUAUCCCUGGUCGCUUUGACUCACUAGAUUAUAGCUUUCUUAAAGCAGACAGUGACACGGAGAACAGCUCACUAACAAUUUCCAAGAAAUUGGGGAGACUUCGGUUAGGCGAAAAUUUGCCAUCGAGUCCCCUUAGUCAAAGAGAAAGAAAAUAAGAACAUGAACAAGAAAUGAGGGUUUGCCGUUCUACUAGCUA